CCUCAGCCACGGCCUUGCUCGCCCGCCCGCCCUCGGCAGGUCUUCCUCCUGCUCCCGGAGAAGUCAGCCCUCCUUGCAUCGGCGGUCGUUUGCGACGGCCGCUCGCUCAUGAGUGGCGUGCCAUCAUCGUCUUUGAAGGAGUCGUGCCGCUGACGUACGCUGGUUGCCCCUCGGCGGUGUAGACCGUCAGGAGGGAGCGCUCUCAUUUUUUUUUCUUUAGUGCUCCCCGCCAGCCACUGCGAGGGACGAAGAAAGUGGCCGCUGGUUUUUACUCGUCGCGAUCGAGUGGUGGUUUCCACUUCAACUGGAGGCUGGCAGCUUCUGCGCGGGGGUCGACCACGUGUACGGCUCCGUGCGUCGCCGCACUGUGGGACACCGGCCGGACCAUAGGCUGCCGGAGUGGCAGCCGGUGUUCGAGUCGCUGUCGCUAUGAAAGUGUUCCGUCAUCGGACGGUCUGACAUGUCUGUGCUUCUUCUGUGGCCCCCAGGCGUUCACUGACUCUGUGCUCUUCAUGCGUGCGAGGAGCCGUCGAAAAGUAUGUGCCCGGGGCGCCGGACGGCCGCGACGUCAUCGCUGACGGCGGCUGUGGCAGCGACUGCGGCACUGGCGGCGCUGUGGCUGGCCACCGUGCAAGCGGGCAGCCACGAGGGCCUCUUGCGCCAAGGUAACAGCGCCUGGCACCUGACCGGCGGUCCGUUCGACAAUCCCUGGAUCUCCCCACACCCCAUGACGGCGGCGCAGCCCCGCGGCAAGGCGGUCGAUGUCCAAACGCUUACCAAUAUCAUCAACGUGGCGCGAUAUAUUUUGUCGUUCCCGCAGAAGUGCUUCUACCGCGGCAACGCCUACUCGUGCGGCCUCGGCAUCAGCUGUUGGAUCCAAGGCAAAAGGCCCGUCGACUUGUGCAACGGAGGCGUCAUCUGGAGUUGCUGUGUCCCAAGGAACGCCGAGCCGUCCAAGGCCGGCAUGGUCAAGGACGCCUUGUGCGGCAAAACCUAUCUGCGCAAUUCCAAAGUGGUUGGUGGCGAAAACGCUAAGUUUGGUCAGCAGCCAUGGCAGGCGGCUGUCGUGAAGAGGAGCUUCCUGUCACAAAAGAUCUCCUGCGGAGGUGCUCUGGUGCAUGAGCGUUGGGUGCUCACAGCAGCGCACUGCGUCGACAGGACGCCUGCGUCAAACCUCCGCGUCCGCCUGGGUGAGCACAGCAUCCGGGACACGGCGGAGCGCUACCCGCACGAGGAGUACACGGUUCGGCGCAAGGUCGUCAACGAGGGCUUCGACAGGCGCAACUUCAAGAACGACAUAGCGCUGCUCGAGUUGUCGCACCCGGUCGUAUUCCGCGAGCACAUCAUCCCCAUCUGCCUCCCCAGCAAGGGGGAGAACUUCACGGGCGGAUUCGCCACCGUCUCCGGCUGGGGAAGGCUCAAGUACGGGCAGUCCUACAUACCGAACGUCCUGCAAAAAGUGAGCGUGGAGGUGCUGGAGAAUGAAAAGUGCCGGACGUGGUUCAAGGACAAGGGACGCAAGGAGCAGAUCUACGACACGAUGCUUUGCGCCGGCUACAAGGACGGCGGAAGAGAUUCGUGUCAGGGUGACUCGGGCGGUCCGCUGACGUUCAAGAAGAAUGACCGCGUCUACCUCAUCGGUCUCGUCUCGUGGGGAGUCCAGUGCGCGCUACCUUCUCUACCCGGUGUUUACACGCGGGUCUCGGAGUACGUCGACUGGGUCAACAUUUACGUCAACAACUGAGAGCUCCGUCGAAGGGCGUGAAGUGAUUCCUGCCCCGACCAGCGCAGCCCCUUUAUAGUGUUUCUGUGGUACAGUGCGCGCGACCGCUGACAGUGGCUGUGAUAGUAUUGCAAAAUGCCUAAAAAUGUCGUGGGUGCGACAAAGUCAAGCACUGAUUAAGUCUUUACGGGACACCUUGGCGGUUUUCUGCGAGAUAAAAUCGGCGGAAUUUCGACAAGUCAUCAAACUGAAUUACGGCAUAAAUCCUCGUAGGCUAGGGAUUAACUGUAGCUGUGUGUAAGACAAGCCACCUAUUACAGGGUUCAUAACAAAAUACGUAAUCUGAGACCAAGUACAGCCCCCACUAUUUUAAGGGCUAAUAAUCAUUCGCAGCUGGACAAAUGCUUGCAAACUUGACCACAUUAAAAUCUCAGGUUAGCCAUGAUACACAGCAUUACGAGAAAUCCAACCCAGCUGUAACAUCUCAGGUUACAACAAGAAGGUCGUUGAGCACUGGAUGUGUUGUCAGCCUUCGAAUUUCAUAAGUAGCAGGAUGCGAAGCCGCGAGAAGGAUCUGACUCGUAUGAAUAUAGCCCUCGAAGCUUCCUUGGUACGAAGCCCACCCAUUGUAACGAGGCUGUCAGUUCAGAGUC